GGUAUAGUUGAAGAAAAGUAGAAUAAGUUGUAGCAAGUCCGCCGUUUCUCUAUUAUCUCUCUUCCCAACCCUACUUUCCGGAAUUCGAAGUUGUUGCUGGUGGCACUUCUCUCUUUCUUCUUUCUUUCUUUCUUUCUUUUCUUUCUUUAUAGGAGUAAAAUUUUAAAUGGGAAAUUCCCCCAUUAAUUUAUGCAUAAAUUCAGCAAAUGGGAUGCCAAGAAUCUCUCCUCUCUUACCCUCACCCUUCGGUGCUUUAAUGGCCGCACCUCCUUUUCUCUCUCCUCCUCACACCCUCUCUCUUUCUUGUAUUUUUCAGGGAAGAUUUUUUGGUUUACCCAAUCCUCUGCCUCCAGCUGAUAGAUAACCCCUUGUUAACCUAAAGAGAUUGAUUGAUUGGGUCGGUCAAAUCCAUUUUAUGGCAGAAGAAGAAGAAGAAGAUUAAUUUCUGCUCUUCCCUUAUAAACUGCACACUUCUAAUUUGUAGGUACUUUGUUCAUCGAUCGAUCAAUCAAUGGUUGAAAUAGAAAUGGAGGGUUUGAGCAAGAGUGGUGGUCUAGUAGGUAGAAGAAGUAAGAUCCAUAACAGUCCUCCACCAAACAAGAUUAUUAGGCUUUGUGAGAUGGAGAAUGGUUGUGUUUUAGACAAAAACUGGCUCAAACUUUCCCCACCUACAGAUCAAGAACAUGAAUCUCAGGAUGCAGAUUUUCCAUCACUUAGCGAUGAGAUAGAGAACUUGAUAUUAGCAAGAGUACCCAGAUCAGAAUAUCUUAAAUUCCGUUUAGUAAACAAGAGAUUCCUAACUCUUUUAAAGAAAGGCGAGAUCUUUAAGAUCAGAAGGGAGAUUGGAGUUGAGGAAUCCUCAGUUUUCAUGUUAGUUAGCGGCGAAACUAACUGGUGCGUUUUCGAUCGCGAUUUCAAGACGCGUAAAAACCUCCCCAAUUUCGAAACCGAUUCCUGUUUCAUAUCCGGCGAUAAAGAAACCUUCUGCGCAGGAACCAAUCUCUUCGUUUCUGGAAAGGAGAUCGACGGUCUAGUAAUAUGGCGAUACGAAUUAGCCACCAAUUCAUGGUCUAAAGGUCCUUCGAUGAAGAACCCCAGGUGUUUAUUCGCCUCCGCCACUUUCGGUGAAACCGCCUACGUAGCUGGUGGGAUCGGUCUAGACUCGAAAGAUGUAUUCGAUACGGCGGAGAGAUACAACAACGAGAGCCAAUCAUGGGAGGCGCUACCUAGGAUGAAGAAAAAGAGACAGCUUUGUUCUGGUUUUUACAUGGACAAAAGAUUCUACGUAAUUGGUGGGAGGAACGAAGAAGGCGAAUUGACUUGCGGGGAGUUCUUCGACGAGGGAAGAAACAGAUGGGAGAUCAUACCUGGGAUGUUGAGGGAUAACCCGGUCUUGACGUCGCAAUCUCCUCCUCUGUUAGCGGUUGUGAACAACGAGCUGUAUUCGCUUGAGGCGAAUAGUAACCAGCUGAAGGUUUAUUUGAAAGGGAGUAAUGUUUGGAAACAAUUGGGACCUGUUCCGGUUAGAGCUGAUUCUAAUAGUGGAUGGGGAGUGGCUUUCAAGUCUUUGGGGAGUGAAUUGCUUGUUAUUGGUGCUUCUUCUUCUUAUCCAGGUGCUAGUACUAUGGCAAUCUUUACUUGUAGGCCUUGUCUUGAAGAAGAUGAACUUUUUUGGAAGCCUCUUGGUAGUGAAAGCCAUAAGUUAAGUCAUUUCAUACAUAAUUGCUCGGUUAUGGUAGCUUGAAAUGAAAUGAUUUUCAAGCCAAGAAUGGAAUAAGAGUGGUUUGUUAGUGUAAUUUGGUGUCAACUUUGUACUUAAUUAUGGUUAUAGAGGCAGCAGCAGGCUUUGAGUUGUUUCAA